UAAGAUAAGCGAAAAUAAUCCGAAUUUCAUUUUCUGCAAAGUUUAUCCCACCUCCUUUUUUUCUUUACUGUAAACUAAUUUCAUUGGAUUAAUUAACAUGCUGAUUUCGACUUUUGUUGUUGCCGUGUGUUUGCUUAGCUAUGGAUCGGCAAAGAAAAGAGAUAAUCUAAAUCGUCUGGAAUCACAUAUAGGGAUCCUCGAACAGAAAUUCAAAGACCUAGAGAAACAAGUUGCCAAGCAGAAUAAUGAACUUAGAGACCAGAAAGAUUUACUUGCAGAGAAAAGUGAAGAAAUCAAAUUAUUAAAAGAACUUCUUCAGAAAAAGGAGAGCUUCAUCGAUACUGCCUCUCAAAACAUCGGUGCUCUUUUAAACAAAAGUCCAGAUAAAAGAUUCCUUCUCGACGAUAGCGUAGCUUUCUUUGCCAGACUGGAUGAAACAGAACUGACUGGUGUAGCUUUGAAUCAAACCAUUGUGUUUGACAAGAUUGUUCUAAAUGCCGGUAACGCGUUCAACGCUCAAACUGGACAAUUUACUGCGCCUGUCGAUGGAUUUUAUUUGUUAUCCGUGUCCGUAGCAAGUGAUCUAGGUCAUAAUCAUCAACUACAGGUGGCGCUCAUGAGAAACAACGACAUCAUUGCUCGUGCACAUGCACAUGGGGAUUCUGGUCAUCUAGAUCAGGGCGGAGUGACUAUUGUAACUGGACUAGCUGCUGGAGAUAAAAUCCGUGUUAAGUCAACAUAUCAAGAUGUAACAGACUUUUAUGGGAAUGGUCUCACAACAUUUUCUGGCUUCCAAAUAAUGUUCAAAUAAUAUUGUAAGAAACAAUAAAAUAAAAGAAAAUUAAAUCAUUGUUAAAGUA